UGAUAUCUUCUACUUUUCGAAUCUCUCAAAAUUUUUACGAGCGCUAUCACUUCCCCUUCUCUCUCUUCAAAAAACCCUUUUCUAGGGUUAGGGUUUUUUCUUCGGCCAUUAAUUAUAUCUUCUCAAUUUUAGGGUUAGGGCUUAUCUUGUACUGUUCUUAUUCUCUAGGGUUAGUUCAUCUAUUCUUUGAUUCGGUUUUUAGUCUGGGUUUCGGCGCUUGUGUUCGUUUCGUGGUUCUGGAUCUGUACUAGUGGUAAAUUGAUGGACUUAAGAAAGAGAGGGAGGCCCGAAGCUGGCUUCAACGCUAAUGGAGGAUUCAAGAAAUCUAAGCAUGAAAUGGACUCCUUAUCAACUGGUGUAGGAAGCAAAUCGAAGCCAUGCACCAAGUUUUUCAGUACGGCUGGCUGUCCGUUUGGUGAGAGCUGCCAUUUUCUGCACUAUGUUCCAGGUGGCUACAAUGCUGUAGCCCAGAUGAUGAAUUUGGGGCCAGCUGUCACUCCAGUUUCUAGAAACAUGGCAGCUGCACCAGCAGUUUCUAAUGGUUCUGCUCCACCUGCAGUUAAGAGUCGCAUGUGCAACAAAUAUAAUUCUGCUGAAGGUUGCAAGUUUGGGGAUAAAUGCCAUUUUGCACAUGGUGAGUGGGAACUUGGCAGGCCUAUUGCUCCCUCCCAUGAAGAUCCUCGUGCUAUUGGAGCCCUUCCAGGCCGUAUGGGUGGUCGGAUGGAACCCCCUUCACCUGGUCUUGCUGCUGGCUUUGGCGCCUCAGCCACUGCAAAAAUCAGUGUGGAAGCUUCCCUUGCUGGAGCAAUCAUUGGUAAAGGUGGUGUGAAUUCCAAGCAGAUCUGCCGCCAAACAGGAGCCAAGUUAUCCAUCAGGGAACAUGAGACGGAUCCUAAUCUCAGGAACAUCGAAUUUGAGGGAUCAUUUGAACAGAUUAAGCAAGCCAGCGCCAUGGUUUCAGACCUAAUCGCCAGUGUUAGUGCUGCAAAUGCCCCAGCAAAAUCCAUUGGAGUGGCUGGGGGUGGCCAUGCAGGAAGCAACUUCAAAACUAAGAUAUGUGAAAAUUUUAGCAAAGGGUCAUGCAGCUUUGGUCAAAGAUGCCACUUUGCUCAUGGAGCUGCUGAAUUACGCAAGUCAGGGAUGUGAUGAGGCCCAUCAGUUGUCGUAGUUAGUUGAGUGCACAUGCUGUUGUUCUAUCUUUUGUAUUAAUGAGAGCUCUGCUUAAAGGUGAUGGCUGUGCAAUGCUGCUAAGUGACAGCGAUGAAACCAUUAACUGAGUUUUUCUGCUUUUUUCUUUUUUGAGUUUAUUAGAUCUAUCAUAGCUAUAGUCACCCUUUUCUUCACUCGUUCCGAAUUUUUAGUGCUGUGCGUUAGCUUGUUUGUAUUUGACAUGGUAUUGUGUCCGUGGGAAGAAGAUUUUGUUCAACUCGCUAGAAAUCCUGCAAUUAGAACGUUUCGUUUCCUUUAA